GAAGGUGAAUGAAGGGGCGGAGAGCAAGGCAGGGGAGAGGCAUAAGAAGAACAGAGGACAAAAGAACAUCUCUCACUUCUGGAUCUACGCAGACACACCAAGAUGCAGAACCUCCAGGAUCAGGACGAUCUCAUCCCGAGGCCCCGGGGGAGUUUACCUAAGACGUGUGCUGCGGUGCUGUCUGCCAUGACAAUAGGAGGCGUCCUGUUUCUGUCUCCUGAAAGGUUAUUUGGAUGGGUUGCCAUGGUGAUACUCAUCCUGACCCUUGGCCCUCUGCUGCAUGGGCUCUGUAUGCUGGCAGAAGAGAUACUCUACCACUCAAAUACCAGGCACCGAGGCCGAGGGUGGAGCCAUGUGCUGCCGGCCUGUGGUCUGUGGGGGAAGACCCUGCUGGCUGCAGGGCUGGCAGGCCUUCUGCUCCACCUGGUCAGACAUCCUCUGCCGCACCAAGGCCAGAGCUGGAAACUCGUAUUUCUUGCCUCCAGCCUUUACCCCCUGUUGAGAAGCCUGGGAGUCCUGGGUCCGUCAGAGGUGGAGGUGUCAGCCCUCUGCGAGGGGAGGAAGAUGAACGUGGCCCACGGCCUGGCCUGGUCCUUCUACAUUGGAUACCUGCGCCUGGUGCUGCCACGUUUGGAUGACUCCAUCACAGCAUUUUGUGCCACCCAUCAGACCAGCAGCUUGGGUCGUGGCUCCAGGAAGCUCAUCAUCCUCAUACCUCUCAACGCUAACAUUUCUCACAAACUGAAUGAAGAAGACGACAGGAUCCUUUACUGUGACAACCUCCCCAACAAUGAGAUAGACAGGGCUGGAGUCCGGGGGCGGGUCUACAAGCACAGCGUCUACCAAGUAUUUGAUGACCAUAAAAAGGCCCAUGAGUGUGUGUUGGAGUAUGCCACGCCCCUGCUGACGCUGCACAGCAUGUCCCAGGAGAGCAGCGCGGGGUUCGGGGAGCCGGAGCGCAGACAGCAGGUGCUGCUCUUCUUCAGCACGCUGCAGGACAUCCUGGAGAACUCGCUGGAGUGCCGCAACUACUACAAGCUCAUCCUGCUCAACGAUGAGCACGAGGAAGACCCCCACUUCCUGUCCAAAGCUAUCCUCAGAAACUUGCAGCAGCAGGAGAAAGAGGAGUACUGCCUCACCCCGUCUCCUCAGCAGGAGAUGGUGAAUCCGUUCCCGAGCCAAUCGAGUUCCCGAGCAAGUGCUCCACCCAUCGAAGGUGACUGGCACCACCCUGAUCCAAUAAGCAGAGAGCCCACGCUCAUGUUCAGUCUGGACCCACCUCAUACUCUAAAGCAUCCUGAGGAGAACAGUCACCACUAUCCAGGGAAAUAAUGACACACACAGACACACACCCACACACACACUUGUAUGCUGAUGUGACAAGUGUGUGAGGCUGUCAAGCAAGCUAUCCGGAGAGGUAACCAAACAAAAAGCAAAACGUAACCAGCUGGUUUGUAGCACAAGGCUCUGUGCAUCAAUCACAUCAUAAACUAAUCUCAACAGUGACCAAACACACUAUUGUGCAUGUAAAACUAUACAAAUAGCAUUGAUACUAUGCCCGUCUGUAGCCAAUAAAGGCCCUCCAGCAAUCA